AUGACGAUCAAUCCCACCUAUCUUGCGCAACGGACGCGCUCCUCUGCGAACUGGAAAGAUGCGAAAAGCCGUGUGCUCAAGUCGUACAGAGAAUGGCUCCGGGCGUCCCCCGAGAUCCAAACCAUGUACUCGCUGAACCUCCCUGUGUCCGUCAUCCGCACGAAGAUCCGUCAGGAGUUCGAGAAGCACCGCUACGUCAGCCAACUGAAGGUCGUUGAUGUGCUUUUGUUCCAGAGCCACUCAGAGUUCCAGGAAACCCUCAAUUACUGGAAACAACUGUCGCAUGUGAUGAAGUAUUUCCGUCCAGAGGAAGACCCCGGCGCACGCUUACCGCCCAACUUUAUCUCUGGGUUCCUCGAGGGCCGCAAUUGA